UUUCAGCUUAUGCUGCUGCCAGGUUACCUGGUUUGUCGCCUUUGCGGUUCAUAUAUGCCAGUUGUUAGUUGGAAGCGCGGCACUGCAGCACUACCAAAGAUAUGUGCAAGAGCAGAAAAGAUUAUUCCUUUGCGUUUUGCGAGGGCCGAAGAGUCAAGGAAUUACGAACGCAGGCUAAAACUGGUGAUUAGACCAACACCGGAAGAUGGAUGGUAUGUUAUACAACAAAAUGGUCUGCUGAAGUCAUACUUACAGCUCUCUAAGGCAAGACUCACGGCGAUGGUAACUACAACAACUGUUAGUGGUUUUAUCAUGGCUCCAGUUGAUUUGUCGCUAGGCCCAUUAGCAGCAUGCACUGUCGGUACCGCACUUUUAAGUGCAUCUGCAAAUACCUUCAAUCAUUUGUUGGAAACACCUUAUGAUGCGCAGAUGAGAAGGACGCAAAGUCGACUGCUUGUCGUACACAGAUUUUCGCCUUCUCAUGCCGUCGGUUUUGCGUUAUCAACAGCAGUGAUUGGUAUGGCAGCAUUAUGGAUUGGUUGUAAUCCAUUAACAGCAGCACUUGGUUUGCUCAAUGCAUUGUUAUAUGCAGGUGUAUAUACGCCAAUGAAACGUUAUAGCAUUGGGUGCACCUGGGUUGGAGCUAUUGUGGGUGCCAUGCCACCUUUAAUGGGUUACGCUGGUGCCACGGGAUCCAUCCAGCCUGCUUCAUUAGUACUGGCCGCUCUAUUAUAUUGUUGGCAGUUCCCUCACUUCAAUGCACUCAGUUGGAAUCUACGUGCCGAUUAUACUCGUGCCGGUUAUCGAGUCAUGUGUGCAGUUAAUCAAAGGCUUUGUCGAUUCACUUCGCUCAGGUAUUCAGCGGUAAUUCUACUGCUCUGCUCGCUGGGAGCACCCUCAGCAAGUCUGACGAAAUGGUUUUUUGCUGUGGAAUCGCUUCCAUUCAAUGGUUUACUGCUUUAUCUUUCCUAUAAAUUUUACCGGCACCCAGAUGCAAAAACAUCAAGGACACUUUUCCAUUAUACUCUCCUCCAUCUGCCUCUAAUUAUGAUGUUAAUGACAGUAAGCAAGUUUGGCGAUGGUCCAAAUGGUUUUGAAUGAUGGCUUUCCUUUACUGCUUUUUUCAAUGGAUCAAUAACGAUCGCUUUAUUCAGUCUUAUCGGUCGAUAGAAAGUUGUGUUAGCUGAUCGCUCUAGUUCCUUAUUCUGCGCCCAUAAACAUAAUAAAGUAUUACUUUCACUUUAUUACUAGUAAAUAAGCUAAUAACUAACAAAAUCUCCAUUUUGGUAGCAUUAGCAGGACUGGUUAGCGACUUCUCUGUCAUCUGAUAACUGCUGGUAAUCCUGGCAAAACUUCUUAUUUCAUUAUAAUAGAGAAGAAAGGUAAUGCUUUGAGGUAUUUCUUGUUGAUGAGCAUAAGGUGCAAGGAAGGAGCUCAUUAAUGAUCUUUUAAUUGCCAAAGUCUGACCGAGAAUAAUAUA